GAAUCUAACUGAAGAGACAUGGCUGUUUUUAAACCUGAGAACGUGGAGGAUCUGUAUGAGAUUGGAGACAUUUUAGGAAGUGGACACUUCGGUCAGGUACGGGAGCUUCGGGAGCGGGCUUCGGGCAUUCUGUGGGCAGGCAAGUUUAUGAAGCUGCGUCGGGGGGUGGCGAGCCGUCUGGGGAUAGAGAGGAAGAACGUGGAGAGAGAGGUGGAGAUCAUGCAGGCCUUGCAACAUCACAACAUCAUGGCACUGCGGGAUGUGUUUGAGAGCCGAGCAGAGGUGGUCCUCAUCAUAGAACUGAUUAGAGGAGGUGAACUGUUCGACUUUAUUGCUGAAAAGGAGAGUUUGACAGAGACUGACGCUAUUAAAUUCCUUGAGCAGAUUCUGCAUGGGGUCAGCUACAUGCACAGCAAAAACAUUGGCCACUUUGACCUGAAGCCUGAGAACAUCAUGCUGUCGGACAAGCGGGCGGCCAGCCCUGACAUUAAGAUCAUUGACUUUGGGAUGGCCCAUCACUUCAACCAGGGCGAGGAGUACAGGAGCAUGGGAGGGACCCCUCAGUAUAUCGCUCCAGAGAUCAUAAACCACCAGCCUCUGAGUACAGCUGCAGAUAUGUGGAGUAUCGGCGUAAUCACCUACAUACUACUGAGUGGUCUUUCCCCGUUCCAAGGGGAUACUGAUGAGGAAACACUGAAGAACAUUGUGGGGAUGAACUAUGAGUUUGACGAACGGCAUUUUAGCCAGACUAGUGUCAUGGCCAAAGACUUCAUCCAGAAACUGCUGGUCAGAGAGCAGAGUGAGAGGAUGACAGCAGAGGACUGUCUGAUCCAUCCCUGGAUAAAGCCUCUUAACAGAAGCCAGGCGGCAAAGAGAAAUCGCUCCUCUAUCAACAUGAAAAACUUUAAGAAGUUCAAUGCAAAGAGGAAAUGGAAGAUGUCCUAUAAUAUGGUGUGGGCCUGUAAUCGGUUGACUAAACUGCAGUUACUUUGUAAAACGCCUGACCUGGGAAAGCAGGAACUGGUAAGACAAAACUGUGAGAGUGAUCAGGAGGACACUGAGACCAAACCUACCUCUCUCAUACGACGCAGACUCAGCAGCAGUUCCUAG